AUGGACGCCGCCAUCGCCGCCGCCGAUGAUUCUAGCACACCACCAAUCCCCAUCCUCAGACGACGGAACUCCAGCGGGACACCAACUGUCGUCACAAAACCCUGCCACUCUUCUUCCUCCUCCUCCAUCGCCACCACAACAACUGCCACCACAUCUUCAUCAUCUUCUUCUUCAGUGGAUUUUGAGCUGAUCCCGAUCAAACCCACUUGUUAUACUUCCCUCCGGGACAUACUUCCAUCGCCGACAGCACAUGUCCAACCCCCUAAAGUUGCUUGCUCCGCCGUCCAUUCGGGUUAUGAAAUGUCGAUAAGGAAUCACCUUGUGAAACAUGCGGCAUGGGCUUACCUUCAACCCAUGUCCACCUCCCCUGAAUCCGACGGAACCACCGUUCUGCAUCGCCUCUGGAUUUAA